AAACUAUUCACCACUGCAGACGGCAUUCAAGUUCAAUCUUUCAGUGCUUUUAUUUCACAAAAUCAAGAACCUGACAGUGCUAUUAUUAGACUUCUCACACACCUUCAAGUCAAAUAUCCCGCGAACCCGGAUCAUAAAGGUGGUAUAUAUGAGAGCUUAACGUGGCGCUGGGACGAGAUUAACGAUUCGGGUGUGGGGAAAAAAUGAAAACUUUGGUUGUUCUUGCAUUCAUCUCGGUGCUCUGCUCCUCUGCCGCCGCAUAUGAUCCUUUGGAUCCAAAUGGGAACGUUACGAUCAAAUGGGACAUCAUGUCUUGGACCCCCGACGGCUAUGUGGCGACCGUGACAAUGAACAACUUCCAGAUGUACCGGCACAUAAUGAGCCCGGGGUGGACCCUGAGCUGGUCAUGGGCAAAGAAGGAGGUGAUAUGGUCAAUGGUGGGUGCCCAGACCACAGAGCAAGGGGACUGCUCCAAGUUCAAGGGCAACGUACCCCAUUGUUGCAAGAAGACACCCACGGUUGUGGACCUCCUCCCUGGGGUGCCCUACAACCAGCAGUACACCAACUGCUGCAAGGGUGGGGUUGUUGCCGCCUGGGGCCAGGACCCGUCUGCUGCUGUCUCGGCCUUCCAGGUCAGUGUCGGGCAGGGUGGCACCUCCAACAAGACAGUCAAGCUGCCCAAGAACUUCACUCUCCUCGGUCCGGGACCAGGCUACACUUGCGGACCUGCCAAGGUUGUGCCCUCCACCACUUUCCUGACCCCUGACCGCCGCCGCAAGACCCAGGCUCUCAUGACAUGGAAUGUGACGUGCACGUAUUCACAGUUCCUAGCGAGGAAGAACCCGAGUUGCUGCGUUUCCUUCUCGUCCUUCUACAAUGAGACAAUCACUCCUUGCCCUUCCUGUGCCUGCGGAUGCCAAAACAAGCAUAGCUGUGUCAGGAAAGACUCGAAAAUCCUGAGCAUAACAGGGGUAAACACGCCUCGGAAGGACAACGCACCGCUGCUGCAGUGCACGCACCACAUGUGCCCAGUGCGGGUGCACUGGCAUGUGAAGCUCAACUACAAAGACUACUGGCGGGUUAAGAUUGCCAUCACGAACUUCAACUACCGAAUGAACUACACACUCUGGAGCCUCGUGGUCCAGCACCCGAACCUCAACAACGUGACUCAGGUCUUCAGCUUCGAUUACAAGCCCCUCGUCCCCUACGAGUCCAUAAAUGACACGGGAAUGUUCUACGGGAUGAAAUACUACAAUGACCUGAUGAUGGAGGCAGGCCCGUUCGGGAACGUCCAAUCCGAGAUACUUAUGAGGAAGGACAAGAACACUUUUAGCUUCAAGCAAGGGUGGGCGUUUCCCCGCAAGGUGUACUUCAACGGUGAUGAGUGCAUGCUCCCCCCACCAGACACUUACCCCUUCUUGCCCAACUCCGUCCAUCGAUCUCCAGUCUCAUUCUCGGCAUUACUGAUCUCAAGCUUGGUUCUCUUCCUAGUGACGGGCCACUUCAACAUUUGAUGUGAGAUUGUUUUCGUUUGUCCUGUUAUGUCCGAGUUUGCGAAAGAGUCUUCCGGGGUUCUGAAGACAGAAAUAUGGGAAGAUAGGGAUACAUACAUUCACAUUCUUUUGUGAGUUUAAAUAGUUCCUGUGAGAGUUUUUAGCAAACAGCCGAUGUUUUGUCGAACAGAAAGAAAACAGGACUCAGAGUUGUCAGCUUCUCAUCUGUGAUUUCUGUCUCUGUAUAAUGGAAUCAAUGAAUCAGUAGAAUCAUGACGA